CGCCUUUUUUCGCCUUCAUUGCGGGAAACAGUAAUUAAGUCGUCAAGUGUGUAUGCUGUGCAUCUGAUGUUAUGAUUCACUGUGACAUGGUGUUGUGGACAGACAUCCAUGGAUCCCAAGAUAUCCAUUCUGAGUGAUAUUUCACAGAAAUGUGAAUUGAAGGUUGUCUGCACUCUCUGUGUCAAAAAAGAGAAUGAAGUGACUUAUUCCCUGAAAACCGUCAGUCACAAAUGCAAUGGAGAUCUGCUGCUGGGCAGAGGAAAGGAAAAGGGAAAAAAGUGGAGGCCCAUAUCCCGUCGGCCUAAAUAUCCAAACCCAAGCAAGUAUGAUGUGUGUAGGUAUUUUGUGGAAGGUUCCGGGUGCUCAAAGCACAGAAACCGGUGUACAUUUGCCAGAAGCAUCGAAGAGGCUACCGUGUGGACCUUUCUAAAAAAACAUCACAUGGACUGCAGCGCUUUGAAAAGCCUUGUGGCAGACACCAGCAAGGCAGCCACCAGAAAGUCUGAGACCACACAAAAAAUCCUGUCUGAGUUCGGAGGGGAGUUCUGCGAACUCUGUGAAGCUUGUUUCCACGGCAGCCCACAGAUGAUCUCCGCCAAGAGGUGGAACAACACCUGCGUCUCGGAGGCAGCUCACGCCUGGAAGCCGGUGCUGGUCCAUUACCUGGCGGAUGGACAGAGGAAGAAGGUGUAUAAUGAAAUCCGGCAGCCGCCUCCCAAUGUGAUGGACAACCUGCAGUGCUGCAGCCACGUGGUCCAGGGCUCCCCCUGCUGGCACGGGCAUGCCGGCUGCAGGCUCGCCCACAGCGAGGUGGAGAUGUUCGUGUGGAAGGAAGAGGCUGCUGGCAGGUGGGACCGCAAGGAGCUGCUGCUACUGUCCCAGAGGAGGCAAUUCCCAGUCAUGCCGGGUCACGUCCCAGAAGCUUCCCCCAGCAACCAGGUGGAGAUCUACUGCAAAGCCUGCCUGCUGACCAGCACCUCAAAGAAGAGCUUCAUCAAGCACUGCGCUUCCCUGGAACACGCUCGGAUGAUCUCUGAGGACAACACCGUGGAUUGGAAGCACCGUCCUCCGCCAAUCAGUCGCAAGCAAGAGUUUCUGCUGUGUGACAGACCCGAGACUUGUGAGUAUGGUGACAGAUGCGUUGGGGCCCACUCUGUGGAGGAACUACAGGAGUGGCAUAUGCGAAGCACAGAGGCUCAGCAGAUCCAGCACACUGUGCAAGCACAGGGCCUGGGGUCUUACCGGAACCUUCUGCUGCAAGAGUACAGAAGCAGUAGUAAUGUAGUCCACAUUAUGUCAGAGCAAGUUGAUGAUGUCGCUAUCACCCAUGAUGAAGAUUUGAGUGUGGAGUGUGAAGCCACCGACCGUGAGCUGAAAUGGAUUUUUCAGAUAAAAACAGAGAGAUUACUUGCCCACGUGGCCUUGCUGAAACAGGAUCCUGGAGCUACAUUCACUCUUGGUAAAAUUAGCCCUGAAGGUCCCUGUACAUACUCCACAGGAAAUAAGUUCUGCACUUCUGAUAUGUCCUAUGACAUUCCUGUGUCUUUCCAACCCUUACACCCAGGCCUUUAUGAACAGUGGGUUGUGUUUGACUUUGACAUGAGGCCAGUGCUGCUGCAGAAGGUUGAGGUGAGGGUGGGUAAACAGAGCUCAAUUUGUCCUUUGUGGAUAAAGGAGGCCAUCAGUCCUCCAAUUCAGAGUUUGGAGCGCUGGCACCAGGGAAACAGAGUCAUUAUUCCCUGUCUGAACAAGACAGAACAAGAAGAAAAGCUUCUGAAGGAGUACAAGCCUCCUCAGAUAAAUUUGCAGUUUAAUCCUAGAUCAGAAGGCAACAUUCCCAUCACCAUCCUGAACUACAGAGAGAGAAUGCACCACUUCCUGUACGGAGAGGAGCUGGCUCAAGAAAACAUAGUGUCAAGACUCAGUGUCAAAGUGAACGUCUCCGUGUCUGACCAAGUGUAUGAGCCUCAGUUUGGCAUGAAGAUUGCUCCACGAGGAGAACUUUUUGCCUCAGUUCCAGUAUCUUUUGUGCUCACCCCUGACACACCAGAGGGGUUUAUCCUUAAGAGAGCUGUCCGGUCAGCUCUUGUGGCAGUUUCUUUAUCUGUUGAAAAUCAGCGUCAAAAAAUCUAUGAGGCAGACAUUAUUCCAGAUGCUAGCAGUGAGAAGAGAAUGUACCUGAAGCUCUCCAAGAGAUGCUGCACUGAACUGGGUCUCCUGAACAACAGUACCGGUGAGAUGGAAGUUCAGUUUCAGCUGAACCGCCUCCAGUUCUGCAUGAUGCACAAAGCCAUAGACCAUCUACCAGAUGUAGGGUGGGUUUUGCCAGACCUGAAGAAAAGCUGUGUUCCGAUGCAUGUGGGAGAAUACCCCAGGCUCAAUGCAAAGCAGCAAGCAGCUAUAGCUUUCAUCCUUGGGGAUCCAGAUCUCACGAAGACUGUGGCACCACUCUUAAUUUAUGGACCUUUUGGAACAGGGAAGACCUUCACCCUGGCCACAGCAGCAAAAGAGCUGGUACGGCAACCAGGAACCAAAGUUCUGAUCUGUACCUUUACUAACAGCUCUGCAGAUUUGUAUGUCAAGGAUCACUUCCAUCAGUAUGUCAAUUCUGGACAUGCUGAAGCCAGACCUCUCAGGAUAAAAGCCAACAAAAAGGGAGUGCCUUUGAGUGCAACUGAUGACAUCACACUGAAAUAUUGUCAUCACAACGGCCAAGCUUUCACAUGCCCCGGAAGGUCCACCCUAGACUCUCACAGAGUGGUCAUAACAACAGUGGUCAUGGCAGGGGACCUCUACAACCUAAAUCUGCCAGCUGGUUACUUCACCCACAUUCUGAUUGAUGAGGCCUCACAGAUGCUGGAGUGUGAAGCUCUGAUGCCCCUCGGUCUGUCAGGAGAAGGAACGCGGAUUGUUUUAGCUGGAGAUCACAUGCAGAUGGGUCCAAAGCUCUUCUCAGUGGACGAGGACCAGCGCUCCAACCACACCCUGCUCAGUCGCCUCUUCCAUCACUACCAUGAAGAGAAGAAUUCUGUGGCCAUGAAAAGCAGAAUCGUCUUCAAUGAAAACUACCGCUCCACUGAGGAAAUAGUUGAUUUUGUGUCCUCUCACUUUUAUGGCAAGAGCGGAGCCAUCAAAGCAUGUGGAAAUGUGCACACUCACCCACAGUUCCAUUCUCUAAGGUUCCACCACAUUCAUGGAAAGUGCAAUUUGGACACGACUACAAUGUCCUGGUUCAAUCUUGAGGAGGUUGAUUGUGUUGUAGACACAGUGCAAAAAUUAUUUGAAGGAUGGCCAUCGCAGUGGGGGAAUCGGGAACAGAGGAUGAUCUGUGUUCUCUCUGAAGGAACUCAGGUUGUUCUAAUCAGAAAAGAACUGAGAAAAAGAAAUCUUGGCAGAGUAACCGUGGAAAAUGCAAAUAAUGUGCAAGGCAAGCAGUUCCGGGGAAUAGUGAUGUCAACGGUUCAUACUCGAGAAAGUCUACAGUCCUCUCACACCAGUUGCCUGGAGUUCUUCAGCGAUCCACGUGUGGUGAACACAGUCAUGACCAGAGCACAGUCCCAGGUCAUUGUCGUUGGAGAUGCUGCAGCUCUCUGCUCAUUUGGAAAGUGUUCAAGGAUCUGGAAGAGCUACAUAGUGCAGUGUAUCAGGAAGAACAGUGCUGAGCCGCAACACCUCACAGAGGACUACAUAGAGCAUGAAAUGGAGGAAAUAUCAAGGUUUACUAGGGCUGAGAGCAAUACUGUCUGUGAUAUUGAAUUGGUCACAACAGGCGCAAAUGGCUAUGUUGAUGAGAAACUCCAACAGUUGAUUGAAGAUUACAGUUCUAUCAGUGAAGCAAACGAGGCCGACCAAUCAGAUGGUGAGGACAGACCAAGCUUCAGUGAAGAAAAGAGAGCAUGUUACUCUAAUGUGGAUAAAGACUCUCUGCUGGAAUUGGCGAAAAUGCACCCAGAAGUGUACAAACAUGGUGAACUGGUGAUGGAAGCAUCCAACGCUGCCUAUGUCAUGCCAUUUAAUAACCCCACUGCACAUAUCAGAAUCAAAGGAAGAAGGAACUUGGGCAUGUCCUUCUCUGGUGAUGAGGUUAUAGUGGGAAAAUCAAUGGAGGUCAAUGGUCUGGACACCUGGAAGGUUUUAGGUGUCACCAAGAAUGCUGAAUCUUCUCGUUCAUUCGUGUGCACAUUUGAGGGAGAUGAUAACCGAACACAGAAAUAUGUCAGUAAAUAUGUCUCCAAGGUCAUGGUGCCCCUUGACAAGAGUGUCACCAAAAUUCGAAUUUUGGUUGACAAGAAACACCGCAAUGUGAUCCCAAUAUUUAAAUAUGAUAAUGGAAACUGGAAGAUCGAACAAUACAAGCGCUUAAAUGAAGAGUCAAAGUGGAAGCAUGUCUAUGUUGUGCAUGUGGUGUGCUGGAAAGAACACUGUCAGCUUCCAUUAGGGAACGUCACAGAGGUACUACCUCUGGGAACAUCUUUGGAUGAGGGGCUGAAGAUUCUGGAUCAAGAAUUCAACCUCAGUCAGUCUUCCCCUGAUUAUCUUCUGAGUGAGGCCUGCGCUUUUACCCCAUUGGAUGAGGGGAGCAGGGUGGAUUUGCGAAAUGUGACCACUUUUACGGUAGACCCUGAGGAUGCCAAAGACCUUGAUGAUGCAAUUAGCGUGGAGAAGUUUGGGGACCAUUACAAAAUAGGGGUGCACAUUGCAGACGUGGCAAGUUUUGUAGUUAAGGACAGCCCAUUAGACAAACAUGCAAGAAAGCUUGGAGCUACUUAUUAUCACCCCAAAACUGCAAAGAAAGAGCCAAAGCACAUGUUCCCAAAACUACAUGUUAAACAAUGGAGUCUUCUCGAAAGGCAUGACCGCAGAGCAGUUUCAUUGCUUGUGACUGUGGACAAGGCACACACGAUAAUUGACAGUAGGUUUGUGCUAUCAAAGAUAAAAUCAGAUGGACAGCUGCUAUACAAUGAAGCCGAAGACAUAAUCUCAGAAUACAGUGGAAAUGGGCUCCAUUUUGACACAUUGAACGGUUGCGUCGCUGUGGCUUAUGAGUUUUCUAGGGUCCACAGGAAAGCAAGGCUUCAGGGUGAUUGGUUGUACAAACAGCCUGAUGAUGGUAUAUCCAUUGGAAGAAGAAAAUCCCAUCAGAUGAUUGAAGAACUGAUGAUAAUGUUCAACAACUCAGCCGCUGAGUUUUUGAUCAGUAGAACAGAAACUGAUAAUUGCACUCCACUGAGGUGCCAGAUACACCCUGAUCCCAUGUGUGUGGAAACUCUGAAGGAAAAAUACGAAGACGUUGUUUCACUGUCUAUGCACUUGACAUACCAUAUUGGCAGUGUUGAGCAGCUUUCUGGUGCCAGUAGUUUCCGGGUGUUAGCUUCACUUUGGAGGGAGCUCCAAUCCGCUGCUAAGAGAGGGGAUGUUGCCAAAGUGGAGGACCUGAUCAUGACUGAUGACAUCCACCCUCAGCUUCUGCCUGCCACUUCAGAGUUCAGAGGUUUGCUUGACAAGGCCUACAUCAUUCGUGCCAACUCGGCACCAGAGGCAAAGGUCGGUCACUACUCUUUGCAGCUGGAUUCUUACACAAAAGCAUCCUCACCCAUCCGCAGCUACCUUGACUUGAUCCUUCAGAGACUUCUCCAUGCAACAAUCAGUUAUACUCAGGUCCCAUACUCUUCACAAGAAAUUGAUAUAUUGUGCAAUAAUGUUGCCCAAACCAGCAAGAAGGCAAAUGCAUACCAAAAGAAGGCUGAAACCUUCUCUCAUGCUGUGAACCUGAAAAAACAAAACUCUCAAAAAUUGGCAUUUGUCACUGUAGUGGACCCGGAAGGAGACCAUUUCAGGUUGUCAUUUCCCUUUGACAAAGGUACCUUGCCCGAUUAUAUGCCUGUUUUGUACAGAGAUUUGCAACUCGCGGAUCAGCCACGGUAUGACAAAGACAACAGGCACAUGAAACUGACAUGGAGAAGAAGAGUGUACUCCAUCAACACCACCAAGACCUACGUCGAGCUCAAAAGACUACACCAGAACAAUCCAUGUACUGAUGUCCCACACAAGGCUUGGCAAGGCAUUGUGGAAGCACUAAAGAUGGACAAUUGGAAAACGGCAAUGUCAAUCAUAUUGAGCACUAACACAAAUGCUGCUGCCCCUGAAAAUGAUGACAACACAGUUGAAACAGAGCAUUACAUUGACCUCACUCUCAAGCUCAAACCCGGAGAUACCCUUCUGAUUCAGAUGACAACCGAAGUGCAGCAGGGGCUUCUGAUGCCUGCCAUUCAGCUGCUGAACAUCAACAAAAAGUUUGAAGUGUGUCUGAAUCAUGCACAUAGUCCUGUCGACUGUUUUACCAAAUAUGCGCAGCGUAAAACAAUGCCAUCCUAUGCCAGUGCUGAGCAGUAUGCAAUGAUCUGGAGACCACUUUGCGAAAUGGAGUCUGCUUCCACUGCUGUGGAUGACAGCGGAAGCAUAAUCAUUGAGGACUUGGAGCUGACAUGGACAGGACAACGGGAGGGCAGUUUUUUUCUUCCCAUCAGCUUUAUUAAAGAUUGGGCCAUUGAAUGCAACCUUUCCGAGUGCUACUUGUGCAUCAGAAAAAGGGACUUGAAAAGAGCUGUGGAUAUUGAUCAAUUUGAAGAGGUGGAUCCCAGCAAUUUUACUUGGGUAGCCCAUGGAGUCACUACUCGUGCGAGAGAAACAAAGGCACGUGCAGUUAAGUCCAAAGAAGUGAAUUUCUACAUCAACCAUUUGCCUAUGGACACAAUUCCAGGUUGUGUGUUCCAUAAAAAUGCAAAGUUCACAGUUGAGAUCAUCCCAAAACUUCUUCCUGAUUUGCGGAAAGAAAAUGCUGUUAACAACCUCAGCCAGACAAAUGAACUUGUUCAGAACAUUGCGCUGGGACAUCGCAUUCCCAAAGGAGCUUCUGAAUCACCGGUGUCAAGGUGGAAAAUCAUGAAAAAAGAUCCACCAGAAGGGCUUCCAUCCCUGAAUGAAAGCCAGUAUGCUGCAAUUGAACUGGCCCUGAAAAACAACUUUACUGUCAUCCAGGGACCACCUGGCACCGGAAAAACUGUGGUGGGGGCUUACAUCGUUUACUGGUUCCUUGUGAUGAAUUCUGAGAACCCCACGCAGUAUCAGGACAAUGACAAGAAACAGGUUAUUCUCUACUGUGGCCCGUCCAAUAAAUCGGUAGAUGUUGUUGCAGAAUACCUAAUGAAUUUUGGGGACACGGUGAAGCUGCUCAGGGUGUACAGCCGUCAAAUGGAGAUACUGGAGUAUCCCUACCCAGGAAGCAUCCUUCAGCUUUCUCGCAAGUCAAUGCGGCAAGAGAAGUCAAAGCCACAGCUCAGGUCUAUAACUAUGCACCACCGUAUACGGGAACAAGACAAUCCACACUGGAAUGUGAUCAGAGACUUUGAUGAAAGAAUCAGACUGGCCAAUGAAUCAAAUGUUAAGAUGUCAGAUGCAGAAAUUGAAGAAUACAAAAAGGUUCUGAAUCAGGCACGGCUGCAUGAGCUCCAGAAACACGAUGUGGUGCUGUGCACCUGCACGGCUGCUUCCACCCCUAACCUCACCAAGACCGUCUGCGCGCGGCAGAUUCUCAUUGAUGAAUGCGCCAUGGCAACUGAGCCCCAGGCUCUUAUCCCAUUGGUCAGCUAUAAACCAGAAAAGAUUGUGUUGCUUGGUGAUCACAAACAGCUCCGUCCUAUCAUCAAGAACAUCUUUGUUCGAAAUUUGGGCAUGUCAAAGUCUCUGUUUGAGCGCUACAUGGGCAAUGCCGUGAUGUUGGACACCCAGUACAGAAUGCAUGAAGAUAUCUGUGAAUUUCCAUCCAAGGAGUCGUACGAAGGAAAGUUGCUAACUGGCGUGCGCCGGAACAACAGUGUCCUUCUCAUCUCCCCCAAUAAAAGCACCCAUACUGUUUUCGGGCAUGUGAUAGGACAAGAGAUCAGCCUGGUGGUGACAACCGAGAAGGGAAAUGAAAAUUCCAAAGCAAACAGAGAGGAGAGUGCAAUCGCUGUUGCCAUUGCUGUGUCACUUGUGAACGAUGGCAUAAUCCCUCCGGAACACAUUGCAAUUCUUUCACCCUACAAUGCUCAGGUGUCUGAAAUCAGUGCAUGUCUAAGAGAAAAAAAGAUGCAGGGAAUCACAGUCAGCACCAUCACAAAAAGUCAAGGGAGUGAAUGGCGCUAUGUAAUCCUGUCCACCGUGCGCUCCUGUCCCAGCGCUGAGAUCGAGAAGGAUCCUAGCAGGGGCUGGCUCUCCAAAAAUGUGGGAUUUAUUGCCGAUCCCAACCAAAUUAAUGUAGGCAUCACCAGGGCUCAGGAGGGCCUGUGCAUUAUUGGAAACCAAGAACUGCUGAGGUGCAGUAGAGCAUGGCAAAGCCUGAUCCAACAUUACUCAUCAAAGAACUGUGUCACCAUGGCGGAGGACAUCAGAGUGCGUAACCUGACUGCAACCCGGAUGUGAAAGAAACAAACCACGGCCUUCUGUUCCCGCAAGGUCAUAUCGGGAAUGUAGUUGAAAAUCAGUUCAGAGACUGGUUUUCUGGUUUGUUUAGUCAAAUUCAGGGAGUUCAUUUCUUAUGUGUCUGUUCUUUUUUAUGGAUCACCAGCAUGCAUGUAUUGUCCUAAAACCUACAGAUGAGCUUGAUAUUUUCAGCCAUCUUUCAUAGGAAUCACAACCUUAAAACUUAAGACUUUGUAUUUGCUUCCUUCUCUUUGACAGACUAAUCACGUAGUCAUCCAUGUCAUUAAACGCAAAAUGAUUUACAUUUUGUAACUGUGAUAUAUUUUCAAAAUAGUCUUCAGUCCGGCAGUCAGUCUGGUCUUUCAAAAUGUGUUGAGGGGCCACGUGUAACAAAAGACAUGUGGUCUGCUUCAUGUAUACAGAUAUAGAGUAAAUGCACUUGAUUUUUAUAAUUGUAUUUUUAUGUUUUAACGGGGCGAGGCACUAAAGAAGAUAGAUGAUACAUUUUGUGGAAAUUGAAUCUGCAGCGGCAAACAUUCAGUCAAUCAAAGAAUGCAGAUAUUAGCAGGGUUUAUAAAGAGAUGUUAAAAUAAACAUCAGCAUAUGGGCAUUAAAAUCCUAAAACAUCACUGAACUGCAGUACAGAUUCAGAUUUAGACACUGUGUUGUUAAAUUGAGUGUCAUCACGUCUCAUAUCGACAAUACAUCCAAAAUUAUGGGCCUUAAAAUGAUUGAAUUGCAUUACACAUUUAUGUUCAUUUUAUUGUAUUUCUUUUUUUUACUUUUUACCGUGUUUCAUGUUAAUUAAAUGUUUAGGUUUGAGAAUAAUAUCAUAAUUUGUUUUCAUGCUACUGAAGAAGGAAUAGAACACAGGCCAUACAUGUUCUUGUCUAAAUGUCUACCUUUCCAAUGUUGUGAAAUUGCUUCACACCUUACUGCUUUUAAGUUGUUUCAGUUGGUCCUCUAAGGUCAGGCUUGUUUUGUCUUUUUUUACAAAUGUCAUUCUAUCUAUCUAACUAUCUUGUGAAUUGUUUUAAUUAUAUAUUGUUGUCUGGCAACUAUAAAGUCAGUUCUGAAUAUUCUGAAAGAUGAUAUUUACCUUAUUUUACACUUGUGGUUUUAACUUUCUAAUUCGGUCACUUAUGAUGAUGUGCAAUGGUAAAAAUGCUUUGAUAUUAAAUUUGUAUGUUUAAAUGAUAUUUUUGCAAUGAGAUUUGUAAUGCACAUGCAUGAGCAGUGUUUUAGUUUGUCUCAUUCUGUGAGUUUUAGACAACCAAGGUGUGGUCCAAGCCCUGUGGAAAUUAUUUUAUAUCUACAGACUCUUAAUACAUGAGAAUUUUCAAAUUAUUUUAUAUUUGAUUGUACUUUAAACUAUAAAGCAUAUUGUUUGUAAUAGAA